ACCCCACUCGACAUCCAGUGAGCAACCAUGAAGACCUUCAUCUUUCUUGCUUUCCUGGGAGCUGCUGUUGCUCUCCCUAUUAGUGAUGAUGAUGACAAGAUCGUCGGGGGCUACACCUGUACAAAGAAUUCUGUCCCCUACCAGGCCUCCCUGUGCUCUAGCUCCUCCCACUUCUGCGGUGGCUCCCUCAUCGAUGCCCAGUGGGUUGUGUCCGCAGCUCACUGCUACAAGUCCAAAAUCCAGGUGCGUUUGGGAGAACACAAUAUUGCUGUCCAGGAAGGCACUGAGCAAUUCAUUAAUUCAGCCAAGGUCAUCAAACACCCCAAAUUCAAUUCAAACACCCUUGAUAACGACAUCAUGCUGAUUAAACUGAGCUCGGCUGCCACCCUCAACUCUGCAGUGUCCACGAUCUCUCUGCCAUCAUCCUGUGCAUCUUCUGGAACUGAGUGCCUCAUCACUGGCUGGGGCAACACCCUGAGCAGCGGCACUAACUACCCUGACCUCCUUCAGUGUCUGGAAGCUCCCAUCCUCUCUGACAGUUCUUGCCAAAAAGCUUACCCAGGCGAGAUCACUAGCAACAUGAUCUGUGUGGGCUACCUGGAGGGUGGAAAGGACUCUUGCCAGGGUGACUCUGGUGGCCCAGUGGCCUGCAAUGGAGAGCUCCAGGGCAUUGUCUCCUGGGGCUAUGGCUGUGCUCUGAAAAACAAUCCUGGUGUCUACACCAAGGUCUGCAACUAUGUGAGCUGGAUUCAGGAGACCAUCGCUGCCAACUAA